AUGGUAUCAACUGAUGAGAUCUCUAUAAUUUUUAAAGUAUCAGGGGGCACUCAAUUUAAUAUCAGCGUUCCUAGAAACCUUACUAUCAAAGAUCUGAAAGAUAGAAUUUCAGAACCAUCAAAUAUACCAAGUUCGCAGCAACGGCUAAUAUAUAAGGGCAGAAUUCUCAAGGACAAUGAUUCUCUUGAUGAUAUGAGGGUUGAAAGUGGGCAUACUAUGCAUUUGGUGAAAUCAGGAGUACAAGCUGAAAGUCAAAAAUCUCAAGGUACCUUAGACCAAGCUGUUAAUUACAAUUCUUCUUCAGCUAAUAACAAUGCAAUUAACAACAAUGCCAACCAAAAUUUUGAUUUAACGUCUAACUCUCAGAAUAGCACAAAUAACGGAGUUAAUCAUAAUCCAAAUGACCCUAUUAGUGCAAUGAUGAAUAUGCUGAAUGGUUCCGAUUUAGGAUUUCAAACUCAGAACUUAAGAAAUAUUUCACAAAACAGUUAUAAUGGAUUUGGAGGAGUCCCAAAUAAUGCAAAUUUUGGAAAUAUUCCAGAUCUCAAUUCUCUAAUGAACUCACCAAUUUUUCAACAAUCUAUUAAUGAGUUAGCAAACAACCCUCAGCUUGUGAGAAGUAUUUUGCAGUCAAAUCCUAUGUUUGCUCAGCUUUCUGCAAACAAUCCAAUGCUUGAUCAAAUGUUGAACAACCCCGAAAUGAUGAGAAUGAUGCUCAAUCCUCAAAUGAUUCAAUCUGUAUUGAAUUCUAAUAAUACAAAUAAUAAUACCACAAAUUCUAAUCCAUUUUCUUCACUUAAUGGAGUUCCUAAUAAUCUUCAGUUAAAUGGACUACUUAAUGACCCUAAUAUUGCAUCAAUGCUGUCUGGAAUGGUCAAUGGUAUGAAUGGAGGCGUCAAUAGUAAUACAUCCGCACCCACAACACAAAUGUACGCUACACAACUAAGCCAACUUCGUGACAUGGGUUUCAUUGACACGGACGCUAGCUUAUCUGCAUUACAGGAAUCUGGUGGAGAUAUUAAUGCAGCAAUAAAUAAAUUAUUAGAGAGGGGCAUUGGGCAGUGA